GAUAGACGCCGCGACAACAGGCAAACACCCAGACUUCCAGACGCCAGAUAGACACAGACAGACAAGAGACAACCAGCAGACAAUGCCAGGAUGGCUGCUCUAAUGGGUGACGUCUUUACCGAUACUCCGCGCUUCCACGACAGGAUGCACCCUCAACACUCCUCGUCCCACUAUCAAAGCCCCUCCCACUCCUCCUCCUCGCCAUCAACGACCACCUCGUCCGCGGCCGCCACCCGCCCAAGAACGACCUCGAUCCAUAACCCUCAGUCUCGCCCGACCCCGAGCCCUAGGAGGCAGGCCGCCGCAAUCGCUACGACUCCAAUUCCACGAUAUGCUUCCUCUUCGCAGCAACAGCAACCUCAAGGCUGGAUGGAGUCCACCCCAAGCACCGAUGACGCACAGGCAAAGCACCACCAAGAGUUCACCGGAGGCGCGUCCCGUUUCCCUUCCCCACCUUCGUCUGCUUCUCCAAACAGACCCCUCCGACAACAACAACAACAACAACAACAACAACAACAGCAACAACAGCAGCAUGGCGUCCACGAAACGGUCCCAACAUCGGCGCAUGACCCGUCUUCGGCUUCGUCUUCUACCGCCUCAUCUACUAGCACCGCAGCCACCGUAGUGCCUGCCGACCAUUCUGGGGGUGGGAGAGGUAUCCCCUCUCCGGCUCCGGACGCCGACAGCAACGGUCGCAGUUGGAACUCGUCUGUCCAGCACAGCCACCGCACUGUUCCGUCCAACAACCAUCUCCCAAUCGAUGACCGACCCAACACCCCCACUGCUCGCGUCCCCAACUACCAACAAGCCCACCAACUCCCUCCUCCACCCCAGCCCAAGGUGAUCAAGAUCCGCGACCUCCACCACAUCCAAACGCUCGUUUCACAAGAUGGCCACCCGCUCUCUGCCUCUUCCGGAACUGGCAAUGGCAUGCUUACCGACGACCCCUCGCUCCAACAAAUGCGCUACGAAAUCAGCGGGAUGCCCAUCUCGGAUAUCAUCGAAAUGGUGGCGGCGCUUUUGACCAAGAUCACGACUACAAACGACUUACAGCAUGACGCAUUGCAGAGGAAUCAGGUGCAUAUGAGGCAGGCGGAGGCGCAGGCGAGACACCAAGAGGAGCGACAACGACGAGAGAAGGAAGGCGAGGAGAGUAGCGGGGGCCGAGGCCGGAAUGGGAGCAGUAGCGGAGGGCCAGGAACUGGGAAUGGCGCAGGGAGCAGUAGGGAGGUCGGACACAGCAGCAGCAGCGGACACAUGUCCCCCCUUUCCUCUUCUGUCCUCGCCUUCCACGGUAAGAACGUGCCGGCCAUCACCAUUCUCAGCUACCUCACCCGCAUCCACAAAUACUGCCCCACCACAUAUGAGGUGUUUUUGUCACUGCUGGUCUACUUUGACCGCAUGACGGAAAGAGUUAACGAUAUGGUGAUGAAAAGCGAAGAGGAGCGGAGAAGAAGACGCCACGAGGAGCAGCGUGCCCGACAGGAAAGGGAGAAGCAAGCUGCUGCGACGGCGGGUUACGAAAAGGGGACGGCAGAUGAUCCAGAUGUCCCUAUGCGGGAUUCGCCUGAUGAUGACAAGAGACAUGAUAGCGACGAGACAGACUCGGACUUGGCCGACGAUGACGACGAAGAGAUGCCGGAUGAGCCAAGGCAGGGUGGUGGGAGCAGGAGGACAAGGGAACAGGAAGAGGAGGAUGAGCAGGCGACGUAUUUUGUCGUGGACAGCUUCAACAUUCACAGGUUGAUCAUCGCUGGAGUGACGUGCGCGAGCAAGUUCUUUAGCGAUGUGUUUUAUACUAACUCGCGUUAUGCUAAGGUCGGCGGCCUUCCCCUCCCAGAACUCAACCACCUCGAGCUCCAAUUUCUCCUUCUCAACGACUUCCGCCUGGCCGUUCCUGUCGAAGACCUCGAAGCAUACGCCACCAUGCUGGUAGAGUUCUAUGCCAGGGAAGUUAUUGCGCAGACGACACGAGGACGACCUAGCGCUUCUGCUAGUGCCACUACUGUUGCUGGGUCGAGUCAUGCUGGUGCUUCGGCAGCGGAAUAGAAUACUGUUAUUGCCGAUAGCUUGGCCGAGGGAAUGGAGGGAUUAGGUCUUUCAAAAAAGUGAAGAGGAUCCGG